AUGAAGCGAUUACCGGAGCAUUUGACUCCCACUGACUUCUACCACGGAUUGCGCCCUUUUCUACAGGGAUAUAAGGCUCUCAGUCCUCAUGAAAUAGUAUUUGAAGGAAUGGAGGAACUCGGACCAAUGGCAUAUUGCGGAGCUAGCGCAGCACAGAGCUCAACAAUACAGUUGAUAGAUGCGUUCCUAAAAGAGAAGAAAGAACGUUUCUGCACGAACAUAGAGAGUACAUGCCACGCGAACAAUCGCGAGCUUAUUUACUGGGUCGAAGCAGAAUCGCCGAUACAGAAAUCAACGGAAGGUCGUCAGCAAGCACUGGAGGCGCUCACUGCAUUUCGCUCAUCCCAUUUGAAUACAGUGGCAUUAUACAUCCUCACACAAAUGAAAGGCUCUUCGCAGGCGACUGGAACUGGAGGCAGUUUCACUUGUGCAGUUCUUGAACAAUGUCAGGCUCAAUACCAAAUGAAGGCGUUCUCGUUCAGAUCUCCACUAAUCUUGGGCACAAAAAUCAUCUCAGAAAAAUGGUUUUCGGGCUGUAACUAUCUACAAGGUUCACACCGAGAUCGAGCUUUGAAAGCCUUUUUCCCAAACACUGAGAACACCAUACACAUGCACUGUUUCCCGUUGCGAGACGUGCCGCAAUUGCAGACCCUAUUGAUCGCCAGCGAAGACUUCCUCAACUGCUCACUCCUAACGAGAGAGGUUUACAAUACUGCAUGUACGAGAGGUAUAACCCCUCCCACUGCCGAGGUCGCCCCCUAA